AUGCCGCAGUUUCCUUUCUGGAGUCUUGCCGUCAUCGCUGCUGUCGUUGCCAUCGUCGAUGCCGGCAAAAUUCUUAUCUACAGUCCAUCGAUCAGUUAUAGCCAUCUUAUCUCGAAUGGCAGAAUUGCUGACACCCUAGUAAGGGCUGGACAUGAUGUGGUAAUGUUUAUUCCGGAAUACAUGUCUUCAACAUCAAAUUUUAAUGGCACGAAGCUUGCGAAGGUUAUUCGUAUGAACAACAUCAGUAAACUAUACGAAGAUGGCCUUCUUGGCGGCGAGGUUGGGUUGAUGAAACAGGCCAGACUGAGCUUUACAGAAAGGCUGGAAUUCGAAUAUUGUCUCACUGAAAUAUGCAGGGCAAUAAUGGCUCGUCGUAAUGAGCUAGAGCCGCUCAAAAACUAUGGAUUCGAUGCAGCAUUUGCUGAACAAAUUGAUCUCUGUGGUAUCGGCGUGAUAAGGUACCUUGGAAUUAGGAAUCUGCUAUGGAUCUCAACUACACCACUAAUGGAUGCUGUAAGCUAUAACCUAGGUAUUGCUUUGUUUUACUUCAAUGGACUCCCUUUUUUGAGUAGGCUAGCUUUUCCUAUCAAAUUGAACUUGAGAUGUUCACCUUACUAUAUAGAAACAUUUUUGGAGCCCUCGGACUUAUUUCUACUACGGGCUUCUAGGUACCUUGGAAUUAGGAAUCUGCUAUGGAUCUCAACGACACCACUAAUGGAUGCUGUAAGCUAUAACCUAGGAGUCCCAGCACCACCUUCAUAUGUGCCUACUAUCGAGGAGAAUGAUAACGGCGACACUAUGAACUUCUGGCAGAGGGCUUUUAAUCAGUACAUGUAUUUCGGAGCUAUCUACACCCAUCGUAAGGAGAUAGCAGCGAAUGCAAGUUUAUGUUUUGUAAAUGCUGACGAAAUGUUCGACUUUCCUCGACCGAUCAUUCAUAAAACCAUCUACAUUGGUGGACUUGGUAUCAGUGAGCCUAAACCAUUGAAUGAGAAGUUUUCAGCCUUGAUGAAGAAAGGCAAAAAGGGUGUUAUUAUCGUCUCUUUGGGUACAAUUGCCCCAUUCCAUGCGUUCCCAGAUGCCACCAAAAAGGCAUUCGUUUCUGUGUUCAAGUCGUUGGCCGACUAUCAUUUCAUUCUGAAAAUCGCCAAGGGCGACAAUACUACCCAUACGUUCAUGAAAGGAGUCAAGAACUGUGAUUUGAUAGAAUGGCUGCCACAAAGCGAUAUUUUAGCACAUCCACGAUUGAAACUGUUUGUAAUGCAUGGUGGCAUAAAUGGUAUGAUGGAAGCCUUGUUGAGAGCGGUACCGGUUGUGGUUAUACCAAUAUUUGCUGAUCAGUUUAGAAAUGGAAGAAAUGCUGAGAAACGCGGAGUGGGAAAGGUUAUCCUAAAAUUGGAAUUGACUGAGCAGAAUAUAAAAACGACAAUAGAAGAAGUGCUCAAUAAUGAAAGUUACAAGAAGAAUGCUAUUCGGAUAGCGAAGCUGAUGUCAGAAAAGCCGUUCUCAGCUGAAGAACGACUAGUCCGUUGGACGAAUUUUGCCGUCGAAAAUGGCGUUUUGGACGAGCUUCAUGUUGAAGGCUCACGCAUGAACUUUAUCGUCUAUUUCAACCUUGACGUCAUUUUUGUUGGGAUCAUCACAUUAUGUCUAAUUACAUAUGUAUGUCUAUUUGUGUUCCUAAGGCCCUUUAUUUCGUGGUGUUUACAACCUCAACAAACAAAAUUGAAACACCACUGA